CCUCUCUCACUCACACUCCCAUAUCUCCUGUGUAAUAACAUUUUGGGGGUGUGUGUGGAUGCAUGUGUGUCUGUGAGUGUGCUUUAAGGACAAGAGAAGAAGAGUGAGUUUGUGGCCUUACAGGACAGAGGACUGAUAAAUCUCCAGGAUGCAUCAGAUAACAGCUGUGACCUUGGUGCUGGUGGCUCUCUGCUCCUUGGGGAGCGUGGAUUCUUCAGCGUAUGACAAGAUUGUCACACACAGCCGCAUACGGGCCAGGAAGGAAGGACCCAACAUGUGCGCUCUGCAGAUGGUCCCGGGGACUAAAAAGAAGUACUUCAGCACAUGUAGGAACUGGUACAAAGGCACCAUCUGUGGCAAGAAGGCCGAGGUCCUGUAUGAGUGCUGUCCUGGGUACAUGAAGUUGGAUGGGAUGAGAGGAUGCCCUGCAGUGGCUCCCAUCGACCAUGUGUACGGUACUCUCGGACUCGUAAAGGCUUCAACCACACAGCAGUACGCUGACAUGUCCAAGCUGAGAGGGGAGAUUGAAGGCAGAGGUUCCUUCACCAUGUUUGCACCUAGCAAUGAGGCCUGGGAUCAGCUGGAACCUGCAAUGCGAUCUGCACUGGUGAGCAAUGUAAACAUCGAGCUGUACAAUGCUCUUCACUUUCACAUGGUGAACCGUAGAUAUUUAACCAAGGACCUGAAGAAUGGCUUGACCAUCACCUCCAUGUAUAACGACCUGGGACUCUACAUCAACCACUACCCCAAUGGGAUCGUGACAGUGAAUUGUGCCAGGAUCAUCCACGGUAACCAGAUUGCAACCAAUGGUGUGGUGCAUGUUAUUGAUCGGGUUAUUGGAUUUGUCAGCAACACCAUCAAGGGUGCAUUGGAUGUCACUGAUGAGCUCUCCUCAUUCAGUGCUGCAGCACUGGCGUCUGGUAUGAUGGACAAGCUGGACCAGCCGGGACAGUACACGCUCUUUGCCCCGACUAAUGAAGCCUUUGACAAACUGGCGCCAGGUCACCUGGAGCGAAUCAUGGGAGACAAGGAUGUUAUUGCAGCUCUGGUGAACUACCACCUGCUCAACAGUGUGCAGUGUUCUGAGGCAAUCAUGAGUGGGACCAUAUAUGAGACGGCAGAGGGCAGCAACAUCGAAAUUGGAUGCGAUGGCGACAGUUUGACAGUCAAUGGCAUCAAGAUGGUGCUGAAGAAGGACAUUGUCACCACCAACGGAGUCAUCCACCUCAUCGACAAAGUGCUCAUCCCCGACUCAGCCAAGGAGGUGAUGGAGCUGAUGGGAGAAACACAGAGCACCUUCAGUGACAUGGUGUCUGAGCUGGGAUUAGCCUCUGCUUUGGGUCCAAAGACGGAGUACACACUGCUUGCUCCAAUCAACACUGCAUUCACAAAGGAGGUCAUGACCACUGACCAGAGUCUGCUGAAAUACAUUUUGGAAAAUCACAUUCUGAAGCUGAAGGUCACACUGAGUGAGCUCUACAAUGGUCAGCAGCUGGAAACACUGGCUGGCAAACUGCUCAGAGUCUUCAUUUACCGCACAGCUGUGUGCAUAGAAAACGCCUGUAUGACACGUGGUGGUAAAGAAGGAAGUAACGGAGCGCUCCAUGUGAUGAAGUCACUCAUCAAAGCUCCUGAGAAAACCAUCUAUGAGCGACUGAUUGCUGAUGGACGCUUCAAGAUUUUCCUGUCACUGAUGGAGACGGCAGAACUGACUGAUCUGCUAAAGCAGGAGGGCUCCUACACCAUCUUUGCACCCACUGACGAUGCCUUUGAUGGCCUCAGUAAAGAAGACCUCAAUCUACUCAAAAGCGACCUGAAUGCUCUCAGGGUCAUACUGCUCUACCACUUCAGUGAUGGUGUCUUUAUCAACGGAGGACUGGAGGGAGGAGUUACAAAUCUGCUUAAAACCCUCCAGGGCAACAACCUGCAAGUUAUGUCUGUGAACAACUCCAUUCAUGUGAACUCUGUAGGUGUUCCAGACAGUGACCUGAUGGCAACAAAUGGUGUGAUCCAUGUGGUGAAGAAUGUUCUCUAUCCUGCGGACCUUCCUGUGGGCCGCCAGGACCUCCUGGUUCUCCUGAAGAAGCUGAUUAAGUACAUCCAGAUUAAGUUUGUAUCUGGAUUUUCUUACACUGAGAUCCCACUCACCUUCAUCAAGAGGACCAUCACCACUUAUGUUGGAACUGUGCCGGAAACAAAGGUUAUCAGACUCAUUGAAGGAGAACCAUCCAUCACCACCGUGACCAGGGUAAUCAAGAACGAACCCACUUUAACCCAUGUUACCAGGGUGGUCGAGAACCAGCCGACGAUCACCAAAGUCACCGAGAGUGAACCAACACUCCCCAGGGUGGUGGUUGAGGGAGUACCUACCUUCACAAAGGUUACAAGGGUUGUUGAUCAUGACCCUUCACUUACAAAAGUAACAAGGGUCAUCGAGGGCCAGUCUUCACAGACUAAAGUGACCAGGGUCACUGAUGGAGAGCCCUCUAUCACCAAGGUCACAAGAGUUAUCGAAGGUGGUGAUCGUAAUUUGGAUGGAAAAAGAAAACCAGGUGGAACCAGAUUCACUGGAGCAAUCGAGCCUUAUAUCAUUGAGGGUAGGGUGUUUUCACAGAACUUCUUUCUUCCAAACAGGUUUUUUUUCACAUGAAUGCAUCCAUUUCUACUUGAAAUAAAACAUGUUAAUUCAUAAGAAAGAAUAUAUACAGUCAGGGCUUGACAUUAACUUUUUGCACACCAGCCACUGUGGCUAGGGGUUGUCCGAAGUUACUAGCCACCCAACAUUUUCUCUAGCCACAGUUUCAUUGUAGAAAAAUUACAUUUUAUGAGCAAAAUCUGAUAUGUCUGAGGGUAGACAAAACAAAUCAGGGUUUUAAUUUCCUUGCUCUCUAUCAACUAUAGGCAAAGCACUUAUUUUAACUGUUGGCUGAUUUUGAUGUACUCUUAUUUUCCCUGGUCUACAAUUUUCUGGAUAUUUUCUUAAGGAAACCAUUACUCACAGCAAAAACUACUUCAUCUUAGAUUUGUCUUUAUUGAAAAUAUAUUUAUACUUUUAAUGUAACACUGAGUAUUAAUCAACUUUUAUCAAGGAAAUUAAAGAAGGUGACACAACUAUCUUUAUUUUCACUCAAACAAAUCUCUACCAGAAAAUGCGUCAAACCCCUCACUUCCUCUGUAUCCCUUUAAAGUCCCUGUAAAGUGAAAUUGAAACUUUGUGUCUUAACACACUAGAUAUCUAGAUAAGUCACUGAUCAGUUCAUCUGAUGUCUGAAAGAUAUAAAUGCUGUCACUGAAAGUCAGCAGUCAAUUACAUGCUGUAUUUUUGUUCAUUGUGAGGUAAAUUUCUCAAAUUUAUCAGCCACAGUGGACUGCAGGUCAUGAAAAGUAUCAUUACAGAGAGGUUUGUGCCAGAAAACAGUAAAUGAUUCACUUUAUAAGUCUCUAUAUUAUAAAUUAAAGCUUUAAAUCUGUUAAAAUAGUAGAUGACUUCAGUUUGCAGAUAAGUGUUUAUUCUCCAGACUUUAAAAGCAUUCCCCCCUCUUAAAUGGAUUCCUAGCGUCUGCCCUGCAUACAUGUUUGUGGUAUGUUAAUAUUUAUGUCACUAUUUCUAAAGUGCAAAAGCUGUUGUGUCUGUGGGAAAAGACACACCAGCACACAGAGAGUCUGAGCAAUUUUGCAGUCAUUUCAAGAAAAACUGCCCCCAAAUCGGCCUCAUUGCAGUGAGAAUCUAAUUCACAAACACUGGUGCUAACAGCCAAGCGCAGUCAGAGGGAAACCUGCCAGAGUGACUAGUGGGAGUCACUUGGAUGCCCAUCAACAGUAAAAACCACUCACAUUUAGUAGGUUGUUGGGUGUUGAUGUCAAGCCCUGGAUGUUAAAUUUUAAGGUAGAAAAGAGUAAUGUACUUUUAACUCAAUGCCUUAUUUUGUAUGUCAAUGGACAAUUUUUGUUUGUCU